UUGUGAAUUCAUGCCAACUAAUAAACUAACGUGUUAACAAAUGGAAGCUCAUUGUCAGCGGUCUUGUAAUUUCUGUCUGUGCGGUUGCAGGAAAUGAUCAAGCCGAUGUUCAUGGCUGCCUCUUUACCCGGAGGAGGCACCAGCACCAACAGCACCACCACACAGUCGUCGGCCUCUUCCUCUCCCUCCUCUUCCUCCGUCUCCAUGCACGCAUCCAGCAGCACCUGCUGGCCGGUGGCCGCCGGGAUGAACGCUCAGAGCGUCUCCAGUGCGAACGGGACGGUGCUCAAGAGCUCUCCGGCGGGGGUCAUGCAGCUGCCCGCCGGAUUCACGCUCAUGCCAGAUGUUGAUAAACCAGCAGCCCACCGGUAGCAGCAGCGCCACCCUCACGGAGCUGCAGGUGGUGAAUCUGGACAAUCCCAAAGGAGACUGACCCGUAACGCAGGAGGCCGGUGUGACCGUUCAGUCGCACUGAUAUUCCAGGGAUCACUCAUGCCAUGCAGUCAGACUGCCAUUGUAUUUAUUACUGCCUUCUCGCUGUGUGGGACAUACGUCAAUAAUGAGGUGUAAUGGGACGUUUGAAGGAUGAUCACGUCUCCUCACGGACUCGUUUUGGUGGGUGAUAAUGGAUGAUUUUUGUUCACGCGCAUCUAUACUUCAGGAUUUCAUAGAGACGUGUCUGCACUAUCGCUUCUCGGUCUUCACCUGUUUUUGCAGAGAGAUGUACGAUUAUGUUCACUUUCAGUAAAUUCAAAACCUCUUCGCUGUACAACAGUUGAAGGAUCUUCAGUUCAAUCUUUCUUUCUUUUGGGAAUGCCUCUCUUGAUCUGAUUUGUAAUUCAUUUUUCUUUUGAGGUCAAAAAUGGAUUCUUUCCAGAGUUUAUGUUGUGAAAUCAGCUCUUCGUUAUAGUUCCAAUGGCGGUAUGUGUGUUAUUUAUUGCUUUAAGGAAUGUUUCACACAGAAAGGACAAUUCUGUCAUCUUCAGAUGCAAGAGUUAUUUUGCAGAAUGUCCAACCUUUUCAUUUAAUUAAAUGGUGACUGAUGCGGUCGAGCUCCAAGUCCCACCUUUUUAUAAAAUAAGAUGAUUUUUUGUUGUUGUUGUCAUUUUUAGAGCUCAAUAGCACCCGUUCCCAUUUAUAAGCAUCAACAGACUUGGAAAGACAUGAGGGUGAGGAAAUUAUGAGUGCACUUGCUCUAAAUGUAAUGCUGGAUACUCUUGCACUGCCAUCAACACUCACUAGGGGCUUCAUGUACAGUUUGAAUUGAUCAUUUCUUAAAAAUAAAAUUUUUCGUCCUCAUCACUUUCUCUAUGGCCUUUGUUAUUCAAUUGACCCUUCGCUGGGAGUUUGAUUGACAGGCAUCUGACCAAUCAUAACGCCAAAACUGCCAUUUUGUCCGUCAAACAAACAAAUUAGACAGCAGACUAACGUCGGUAGACUUGAACUUGAAAAAUGUGUAUUGAUGUCUUUCUGCGG